CUGGACCGUGAAUUCGUGAUUUUUUCCGAAAACCCUCGUCUUCGAAAUCAGCAACAAAAACGCGAAGUGUACUAAGCGAAGCCAUUGCAGCGUGAGAAUGGGGAAGAAGGCAAAAGGGUCAAGGAAGGGUAAGAAGGCAUGGAGAGCUAACAUCAGCACCGAAGAGAUCGAAGAUUUCUUCGAGAAAUCAACGAAGGACGCUCUUUCUGGUGGCUCUCUACAAGCCGUUUCUUCCGAUUCUCUCUUCUAUGAAGACAAGUCCAAAGAUCUUGCUGUGAAGAAGAAGAUCGAGAAACAUAGGGAGAGGGUGCUCCGAUGUGAUAGCCUGCUACAGAAAAAUCAGUUUGUUAAGCCAGUGCCAUCUUCUAUUCUGAAGAAGUGUUCUAAAAACCGUAAUGUGGCCUCUAAAUCCAAUUUGAAAGUGGCCAAUCAAGAUGGUGAUAAGGAUGAUUCUGCCAUGUUUGAUCUAUGGGAUGAUAAAGGCAAGGAUGACAAGAAGGUGAAAAAGGUAGCAAAGCCUACUCUUAUCCCAGCAGUAGAGAUUGAUCCCCCAGGCUGCUCUUUCAAUCCCUCAUAUGAAAGUCACCAGGAUACAUUGGCUUCUGCCGUUGCAGAAGUAAUGCAAAAAAUCUACAAAAAUGAACUGGGCCCUGAACCCGUGCCUUUAACUGUUCCUGGAGAAGCUAUCGCCGAAGAAGAUAUGUAUUUUCUUGAUGUGGACAAUAGGAGUGACAACGAUGAAAGUACUCCUGAAAAUGAGGAUGAUGAUGCAUUGGAGAAAAAGCCUAUUAAAACUAAGAGAGUUACUAGAGUUGAAUUGAAUAAGAGAGCUAGGCGGAAAGAACAACAGAGAAAAGAAGCAGAAGCUAAGAAGAUAAAGGAAUUGUCUAAGGAAAUUGAUAGCAUACCAGAAAUUGUUCAGGAAAUUGAGCAUGAAGACGAGGAAAAGAAGAAAAGACACCUUAGGCGUCAAGUUGCUAAACAGGAGAUGUUAAAGACACGCCCACCACGCUUAGGAAAACACAAGUUUGAACCUGCACCUGUUCAAGUUUUAUUAAGUGAAGAGAUAACUGGAUCCAUUCGGAAGCUCAAGGGUUGCUGCACCCUUAUAAAGGACCGAUAUAAAAGCAUAGAAAAAAGAGGAUUGAUUGUUCCAGCAAAAAGGAGGAAUUAGAGUUCUGAAGGUGUUAUGGAAAGAAAAGAAGUGAUGGAUGGAAGACCCAGAUAGUUUUUCUAAAGGAAGAUCUUGUUUGUUCCGUGUUUAAUUAACUUAAUUUUGACAUAUAUCAUUCUGCAUUUUUGUUUUUUUAUAACAAUUUUGUUUGGAAAGCGAAAUGUCUACAUGCUUAGAACUCACUUGUUUUUGCAUCCUUGUAUUACUAGGGGUAUAUUCAAUCAGGAUUUUAAAGAUUUUUUUAAUAGAAAAUAUUGUGGUAUUUAAUCAA